AUGGCGCUGCCUCCCUCCCUGCUGCUCCUGGGGGCGCUGCUGGCGGCCGAUGCCCUGGACCUGUCCUUACUGGGCCCGCUGGUGCCGGAGCUGGCGUGGCUGGGCCUGGCAGGCGCGUGGCUCGAGGCUGCCCUGCGCCUGCCCCUCCUGGCUGCAGCCAGCGUCCUGUUCUCCGGGUGCCACGGGUGGCUCUUCCUGCUGGCGGCGGUGCGUCUCCGGCAGAGCCUGCACCUCCAACUCUUCUCCCACCUGCUGCACCAGGACCUGGAUUUCUUCCAGGGAAUGCCAGCAGCCGAGCUGUCAGCACGGUUCUCCGCGGAGGUGCCGCUGGUGUCCAUGGCGGUGCCGAGGGGGACCAACCUGCUGCUCCGGAGCCUGGGAAUGGCUCUGGUGGAGGGCAUGGCCAUGAUCCGGCUGGUGCCGGGGCUGGCAUUGCUGGCGCUGCUGGAGCUGCCCCUUGGGAUCACCGCCCAGCGCAUCCACAGCACCCGGAGAUGGGCUCUGCAGCGCUCCAUGCUGGAAGCAUCCACCCGGACGGUCGGGGUGCAGGAAUUUGUUGCUGUCUUGGAGAUGAUCUGGAUCUUCUCGGCAGAGGAGGAGGAGGAGGAGCGGCACGGCUGGAACCUGGACGAGGAGCUGAGGCUGAAGGAGCGGAUGGAGCUGGAGCUGGCGGGAUUCACUCUCAUCCAGAGGAUGCUCCAGCUGGCCAUCCGGGUCCUGGUGCUCUUCCAGAGCCACCAGCAGCUCCGAGAUGGAUCCAUCACUCCGGGGGUGCUCGUCACCUUCCUGCUGUACCAGGACACGGUUGGCCACCAUGUCAAGGUGCUGCUCUUCGUCUUCAACGACUUCACCACCAACGUGGCUGCCGGGCAGAAAAUCUGGGAAUACCUGGAUCAGAAACCUGCCAGGCACACUGGGGGGACGCUGGAGCCCCCCAAGCUCCAGGGCCACGUCGCCUUCCGGAGGGUCUCCUUCACCUAUCCCAGAAAUCCCGAGCGCCCCGUGCUGAGGGAUGUGUCCUUUGGGUAUCCUGGGGAGGUGACGGCGCUGGCAGGGCCCAACGGGAGUGGGAAGAGCACGGCCGUGGCGCUGCUGGAGCGGCUGCGGGAUCCCGGGAGCGGGGAGGUGCUGCUGGACAGGAUCCCCCUGCAGGAAUUCGAGCAAUGCUACCUGCAUCGGCAGGUGGUGCUGGUGGAGCAGGAUCCCAUCCUGUUUUCUGGAACAAUCCGUGAGAACGUCGUGCUGGGGCUGGAGGGCUGUGAGGAGUCAGAGCUGCGGGAAGCGGCCGCUGCUGCUGGAGCCUUGGAGUUCAUCCAGGGGCUGGAGCAGGGCUGGGACACAGAGGUGGGAGAGCAUGGGGGGCAGCUGGCGGCAGGCGAGAGGUGUCUCCUGGCCCUGGCCCAGGCCCUGCUCCGCCGUCCCACCGUCCUCAUCCUCGACAAGGUGCUGAAUGAGGGAGACAAGGGUGUGGUGCAGCGCUGGGUGCAUGCUGGCCUGGCACGGAAGGUGCUGGUGGUGUCGCACUGGCAGCGGGUGCUGGACGGGGCCGAUCGGCUGGUGCUGCUGGAGGGCGGGACCGUGGCCGAGCAGGGAACGCCGGCGGAGCUGCGGGAGCGCCGCGGCGCCUACAGCCGCCUGCUCCAGGGGGGAGGAGACAGGGAAUAA